CCUCCAGUGUCGCGCGGGAUGUUCGGCAGCAGAGGGCAGUGUCGCACAGGCAGAGCAGUGAAGCGUGCGAAGAACCUCCCUGUCCCUCCAGUGAUGUUUAUUUCAGGAAACGGGACACUCAGUAAAUACAACUACAUUCUCAAGCGGUCCAGGAAUCGCAGACGAAGGAAAGCAUGCUGAUGGUUGUGUGAGGAGCGCGUAAAGAUGGUGUUUGAGUCAGUGGUGGUCGAUGUCUUGAACAGGUUUCUGGGCGACUAUGUGGUGAACCUCGACAGCUCGCAGCUCAGCCUCGGCAUAUGGGGAGGUGAUGCCAUAUUAAGAAACCUUGAGAUAAAAGAAAAUGCAUUGAGUCAACUGGACAUUCCUUUCAAAGUCAGAGCAGGACACAUUGGUCGUUUGGAGUUAAAGAUCCCUUGGAAGAACCUGUACACUCAGUCUGUGGAGGCCACGCUAGAUGAAGUUUACCUGCUCAUCGUGCCAACCGCUAGUAUAAAGUAUGACGCAGAGAAGGAAGAGCGACAGCUACAGGAAGCUCGGCAGAGGGAGCUGCAGCGGAUCGAGGAGACCAAACAGAGAGCUGCAGAAAAAGAGAAUCCAAAGGCAGAGAAACAGGACACAUUUGUGGAGAAACUGGUUACACAGGUGAUCAAAAACCUGCAGGUGAAAAUAUCCAACAUACACGUCCGCUACGAGGAUGAUGUCACCAAUCCCAAUGCUCCGCUCUCAUUUGGAGUGUCCCUGCAGAACCUCAGUCUCCAGACAGCUGAUCAGAAUUGGAACCCAUGUCUUCUGGAUGAGAAAGCCAAGCUGUUUUUUAAGAUCGUACGUUUGGACAAUCUGUUUGCGUACUGGAAUGUGAAUUCAGAGCUCUACUCCAACCACAUCCCUGAGGAGGCUCUGCGAUAUAUGAAGCACAGCGUAGCUGUCCAGAACGCCAUCCCUCAGGAUUAUCAUUUCAUUUUUCGUCCAAUAUCUGCGAAAGCCAAGCUGCGCAUGAAUCCUCGCUCCGAUGUGGACUUCUCGUCUCCGAAAGUGGAUCUAGUGGUCAACCUCGCUGAGGUGGCUGUUGAACUUAGCCGGCCACAGUACGUCAGCAUUCUGGAGCUGUUGGGCUCGGUGGAUAUGAUGACCCGUAACCUCCCAUACAGGAAGUAUCGUCCAUAUGUGCCGGUUCACACUAAUGCUCGUCAGUGGUGGCGAUAUGUGAUCACAGGUGUUUUGGAGGUCAACAUCAAGCCCCGCCUUCACAUGUGGUCAUGGCAACACAUCCGACGCCAUCGGCGACAUGUGAAAAAGUACAGAGAGAUCUAUAAGAACAAAAUCACCAGUAAGAAACCUGCAGAGAGUCUGCUGAAGGAGCUUGAGGACACAGAAAGAACCAUGGAUAUAUUCAACAUCACAAUGGCGAGACAGCAAGCCGAGAUGGAGGCCUCAAAGGCGGGCUUCAGGAUAUACCGUCCCGGGGUGAAGGUGGAGGAAGAACAGUCACAGGGCUGGUUCGGCUGGAUGUGGAACUGGUCUGGAGACAGUGAAGCACAAACCAAAGAUGUCAAGACAGGAGGUUUUGAUGAGCUAAUGACCCCAGCAGAGAAAGCCAAACUGUACGCCGCCAUUGGAUACAGCGAGACAGCCGUCAAUCCUAACCUGCCAAAAAAUUUUGAAAAUAUGAAGAUAAAUUUCCAGCUCCUCCGCCUGUCCCUGUCGAUCAAAGAGAGCCGAGAGAAGCCGGAGAUAAUCAAACUGUCCGUCAUCGAUCUGAAAGCCAUGCUGGCUCAAAGACCUGCGGCUCAAGCAAUAAAGAUCUCUGCUCAGCUGUCAGCGUUUGAAGUCUCUGGUCUCCCACGAGGCAAGUCGGCCCCCAUCCUGCUGUCACCACGUCAUGUGGACGGGAUAAAGGAUAAGAAUCUUUUGAACCUCAUGUUCGAGACGAACCCGCUGGACGCGAGUGUGGACCAGAGACUCCGCAUCGAGUCCCAGGCGCUGGAGAUAAUCUAUGACGCUAUGACAGUGAACAGUAUGUCAGCUUUCUUCAUGCCUCCAAAAGACCUGCAGCUGGAUGAACUGACCAACGCCACCCUCAUGAAGCUGGAGCAUUUCAGAGACAAGACCUCCACAGGACUGAUGUACAUCAUUGAGACUCAGAAGGUUCUUGAUCUGAAGAUAAACUUCAUGGCAUCAUAUGUCAUUGUACCAGAAAACGGCUUUUAUGACCCCAAACACAACCUUGCCAUUCUGGAUUUGGGUCAUUUCCAGAUGUCCAGUCAGAGCAGAGCCGACCUGCCUCAGCUGUCUGCGGUCAGCAGCACUAUUGAGGACAUCAUGUCUCGAGCGUAUGACAGCUUUGAUGUCCAGCUGAGCAGUUUACAGUUCCUCUACACCAAAGCAGGUGGUGACUGGAAGUGGGCUCGUCCGCUGAGGCAGUCUGCUUUCCACAUCCUGGAGCCUGUAGACCUGAAGAUGGUCUUCAGCCGAGCCAUGGUGGUGACAGAUGCAAGAAUGCCAAAGUUUAAGAUUUAUGGUGAACUCCCUCUGCUGUCUCUGCGUAUCUCUGAUGAUAAAGUGCGUGGCGUCCUGGCGUUGCUCAGCAGCAUUCCACUUCCCGAGAGCCGCCCUGCCCCUCAGACUAGAGCGCCACAGGUUACACCCAAGGCCUCCAAACAAGCAAACACACCUCAGCUCACCCCCCGAAGACCAGCCAUCGAUGACCUGCGUGCGUCCAUCAUUUAUGGCUCAGAGGAGGAGUUGUUCUUCGAUGCCCCUAGUUCACCGAUAGAGGAUCUGCCGUUCUUUGAGGCCUCGUCGGACUCUCUGCAGGCCUCUGAUAAGCGUCUGUCCAUGGUGCUGAAAGACCCCAAGAAAAACAUGACCGAGUUCCUCUUGACAUUUGAGAUCAACAAGCUUUCCAUUCAGCUGUGUCGCUUGUCACACGGACAGGAAGUAAGCGUUCUGCAUCUGUUCAUUGAUGGAUUAGGGACAGAACUUAAACUUCGGACAUUUGAUAUGUCAUCAAACACUUUCCUGCGUGAAAUCUGCCUUGAGUGUUCAGAGUACUUGGACUCUGAGGACAAGAAAGUUCACCUUAUCACCACUCUGGACAAUAGUGAGGAAGAUCUGCUCACUCUGGAGUACGUCAAGGCUGACAAAAAUGCACCAGAUUUUAAAACAAUGUAUAAAAACACAGAGCAACUAAUCAAGGUGAAUUUCUCCUCGCUGGACGUGCACCUGCACACUGAGGCGCUGCUCAACUCCAUGAAUUUCCUGAAUAACCUCCUCCCACCCAUGAAGAAAGAGGCGCAGGAGGAGCAACCCGUCCUACCCAAGGAGGAGGAAGAGGAAGAAGAAGAGGAGGCAAAAAUAGAGGAUUCUGCUGUUGCAAAGAAAUCUACCUAUAAGAAGUCGAAGUUUGAGGAUGUGGUAAAUUUGCACAUCCGAGCAGACCUCAACUGUCUGAAGGUCUUCAUAAGAGGAGAAAAAGCCCGGAUCUCUGAGAUCAGCAUAGAGGGGCUAGUUUCUGAAGUUCAGAUGAAGAAGAAGUCAGUGGAGAUUCUGGCUAACCUGAAGAACAUUAUAAUUCUGGAUUGUGACAGCGAGGCACUGUAUAAAAAGGCAGUGUCCAUCGCAGACAAGGAGGUGUUUGAUUUCCGCAUGGUGAACCAUGUGGAUGCCACGGAGGGGGACGCCUAUACAGACAUGCACAUUGUGGACACCAGUGUAACUUUGACUGUGGGCUGCAUUCAGGUUAUUUUCCUCAACAAGUUUGUGUCCUCAAUACUGGCAUUCAUUAAUAAUUUCCAGGAGGCUAAAAAUGCACUGGCGGAGGUGACGGCCCAGGCAGCAGAGAAGGCAGCCACAGGGGUUUUGGAGCUGGCAGAGAGAAGCACACGUAUCUCCCUGGACGUAGACAUCAAAGCUCCAGUUGUCUUCCUCCCACAAUCCUCUGUUUCCCACAAUGUUAUUGUGGCAGAUCUGGGUUUAGUGACUGUAAAGAACCGCUUUGAAAUGGUCUCCUCUCCAACACACACCAAGAUCCCCCCUGUUAUGGACAUCAUGGCUGUUGGACUGAGUGAUCUUAAAAUGUUCAGGACCACAUUCAGUGAUGGACAAUUUCUGAGUGAGAUUCAGUUACUCAAACCAGUCAACAUGGAUCUGUCAAUCAAACGCAAUCUCUCUGCCUCCUGGUAUCACAGCAUUCCUGACAUCCAGAUCAAUGCACACCUCAAACCCAUGAGUCUGAUCUUGAGUCAGGAGGACCUCACUAUAGUGCUGAAGACUCUGAGUGAGAAUCUGUCUGAGACUUCUGGGGAUCCUCCAGCUCCAUCCAGCUCUGAUAAAGGAGACACCGUUUCUACCAAAGACUCUCAGAGUUCUGGAGGGAACACCGUUGUGACCGCAGCAGUGGUGGAGGGCCAGAAAACAGGCAAACUAAAAAACACUCUGAAACUGGACUUCAAGUUUGACUCCAUGACACUGGUCCUGUACAGCCCGAACAACGAGGUCCAGUUAUUAGACUCUCGUGAUGAGAGUUUGAAGUUGGCAGAGUUCACGUUGGGCACCAUCUCCACCGCUGUGCUCAUGUUCUCUGACAGCUCCAUGAAAGCCUCCCUCAAACUCACAAACUGUCUCCUAGAUGACAAGAGACAGAGGGUGAAAAUGAUCACAUCCAGGAUGAUGGCUAUGCGUCAGGGCAGGGAAGGCAAUGUGAUGGUAGACGUGAGUUACCGACAAGGCCGGGAAUAUACCGUUCUGGACACCCUGGUUCAGGACAUCUAUCUGUGUGCCAGUGUAGAGUUCCUGCUCACAGUGGCUGAUGUCUUUCUUAAAGCUAUGGCAGACGGCUUCUCUGGUCCUCCUAAGAGCAACAAACAACCCGCCAGCUCCUCCAAAGAUCCAGCUGUUCCUGCUCCACCAGUGGUCUCCAAAACCGAGAUGAACAUUGUGGUAAAGAAUCCUGAGAUAGUUUUUGUGGCUGACCUCACACGCGCUGAAGCUCCGGCUCUGGUUAUGACGACGCAGUGUGAGCUGGUGAUGAAGAGCGAGCCCAGCGGUCAGUCAAUGACGGCCGCCAUUUCAGAUCUGAAGGUGGUGGCGUGUCCGUUUGUGCGAGAGAAGCGUGAGAACAACGUGACGACUGUGCUCCAGCCGUGUCAGGUGUUCUUCCAGAGCAGCCAAUCGCCUUCUCAGCCUCAGACCAUCGAGCUGUCUAUCAGCUCCCUCACACUCAAGGUGUCUCCCAUCAUCAUAAACACCGUCAUCACCAUUCAGUCGGCGCUGAGCCCUGCAGCCGAGACCCCCGAGGAGCUGGAGAGCCCCGUGCCACAGGAUCUGUGGGAACGCCGCAGCCUGCGAGACCUGAAGCUCUGGUUCCUGGAGGAGGGAGGAGAAGAAGUCACCCGCUCCGUCGUUCCACUUAUUCCUCAUGGAGAGUCUCUCAAAAUGAGCAUCCAGUCCAUCUGCCUGACGCUGGAGGCUGGGGUGGGCCAUCGCACCGUGCCCAUGCUGCUGGCCAAAGCCUCGUUCCAGGGAGACGUGAAAAACUGGAGUACUCUCAUUAACCUGCACUGUCAUCUGGACUUGGAGGUGAAUUAUUAUAAUGAGAUGAUGGGUUUAUGGGAACCGCUGUUGGAGCCGCUGGACGAUGAGGAAAAAGAUGGCUUUCGACCAUGGACUCUGGCACUGAAGAUGAAGAAGAAACCAGUAACAUAUUCUGGGAUAUCUGAUGAGGUGGACGGCAGUGUGCCUGAUUACAAAACGGUCAUCAGCUUCACGAGUAAAGACCAGCUUAACGUCACCCUCUCCAAGUGUGGCCUUCACAUGCUCAGUAAUCUAGGAACGGCAUUUGCAGAGGCUGCUAAACAGACUGCCGAGUGCUUUCAGACGGACCAGGCUCCGUUUGUGGUGAAGAAUCACUUGGGUUUGGCAGUGUCGGUGCUCCACAGCGAAGUGUUUAGACCCGUGGGUAAAGAGUCUAAAGAUCGUGUGGUGGAGCUCCAGGAUGGAGAGAGCCUGAAUAUGCACUACACCCUCACCGCUGAGUCCAGUGACCAGUUCUCAGCCAUGACCAGCCUCAGUGCCAAAAACUACAUUCAGCCCACUCCAGUUGGCCACACUACUGCAAGCGUGAUCCCACUGAUCAAAACAGGACGGGGCAUGUACAGCGUCAUGCACCGUGACUCAGGUGUCACUCGCUUCUUCGUCUGUCAGAUUUACACCGUCGAGGGGAGCAAAUAUGUCAAGAUCCGCUCUCCUUUCCAGAUUAUCAAUCACUUUUCGGUGCCGAUCCGUGUUUAUGAAGGAUCUGAGUGUCUGGGCAUCUCUCUGCCUGCAGAGGAGUUCUGUGUGCCGCUCGGCUCUUACAGGUCAGUUACAGUCAGUUAUCAGCUCUGACUCAAUAAAGUACAC